AAAUCCUGGCCUCAUACAGAGAUUAGGUCGAAGAGAAAGGAAGAGGGAAAUGGAGAAUUUGUUGGGUCUUCUCAGGCUUCGAGUGCGCAGAGGAAUUAAUCUAGCUGUUCGCGAUGCCCGUAGCAGCGAUCCUUAUGUUGCCGUCACCAUGGGUGAACAGAAAUUGAAGACCCGCGUGGUUAAAGACAAUUGCAAUCCUGAGUGGAACGAGGAAUUGACUCUCUCUAUUGCCGACACCGACGUUCCAAUCAAUCUAGUAGUGUAUGACAGCGACACAUUCACCUUAGACGACAAAAUGGGGGACGCAGAGAUAGACAUUAAACCAUAUGUGGAGUGCCUGAAAAUGGGCCUGGAAAACCUUCCCACUGGGACGGUUAUCUCCAGAGUUCAGCCGAGCCGGACGAACUGCCUAGCUGAUGAGAGCUGCUGUGUUUGGGACAAUGGCAAAAUCCGGCAAGACAUGCUUCUCAGGCUGAGAAAUGUAGAAUGUGGGGAGGUAGAGGUCCAAAUUGAAUGGAUUAAUAUUCCAGGCUGCAGGGGACUGUUUUGAGUGAGGUAUUAGUUUGCUGUAAUGUGUGUACAUCUAUCGGUUGGUAACUCAUAAAUAAGCUUUGGACCUAUGAACCGUGGUUGUAUGCAACAUAGGCAAUUGAGCAGUGGCCCCAGUUCUCUUGUAAUCUGAAGUUACAGGAACUACCAUGUUAUAUGUAUUUUUGGUUUGCUGUUAACCUAAUAUCCUCCUUCUGUGAUAA